GUGUUUCACACUGUUUAUCAACAUCAAUCAACAUUUUAGGCAUAAUAGAGGUUCUGUGAUAAAAGGAAAAAAUAAUUAUUAGAUAUUCUAUGAUAUUUAAUAUCUGAUAAAAUGACACGACACGCUCGAAAUUGUACGGCUGGUGCUGUUUAUACGUACCACGAGAAAAAGAGGGACGCUGCAGCCUCUGGUUAUGGCACAAAUAACCAAAGACUGGGUAAGGACUCCAUAAAAGAUUUUGACUGCUGUUCACUGUCCUUACAGCCGUGCAGAAAUCCAGUUAUAACUAAAGAUGGUUAUUUGUUUGAUAAAGAAGUAAUCCUACAGUACAUAAUUUCCAAAAAGAACGAGUACAGCAAAAAACUUAAAGAAUAUGAACAAUUAAAGAAAAAAGAAGAAAAUGAAGAUGCAGAGAAAGAGGCACAAGCUUUGGACAAAAAGGUUAGCUCCUUUUUAAAAUGUGAAAACAACAUUGUCAGCAAACCUUUAGACAGUUUUAAAUCCAAUGAGCCAAGCACCUCAUCCAUCUCGAACAUGUCAAAUGGCAAGGAUAAGGAACUACCAAGUUUCUGGGUACCUUCAAAAACACCACAGGCAGCAAAAUCCAAAGCACAAAAGCCUGAUAGUACAAUUUACUGCCCUGUUUCACAGAAACCUCUUAAAGCAAAAGACUUGGUAGAUGUAAAAUUUACAGUGGUCAAAGAUCCCUCCGACAAGAGAUCAGUUAUAGCAAAAGAGAAUAGGUAUAUGUGUGCAGUUACACAUGAUAUUUUGAGCAACUCUGUACCUUGUGCAGUGUUAAAACCAACGGGUGAUGUUGUUACUCUUGAAUGUGUAGAGAAAAUUAUCAAGAAAGAUUGGAUGCAUCCCUUAACUGGCGAGAAAUUGAGAGAAAAAGAUAUUAUAGUUAUGCAAAGGGGAGGAACUGGCUAUGCACAAACCAACGAAAAUUUACAGGCAAAAGAAGAUAGGCCAGCAUUACAAGCUUAAAAUUAUUUGGCUUUUUUACUAUUUGAUUGUGACUAUAUAAUUUUAUAAAUUAAUAUACAAUACACAGUAACAACGUUCUUUUAUCAUAUUCCAAAUAAAGAUUGGUGUAAAUUUU